AUGGUUGCUCAGCAGCAGGCACAGGCACAGGAGGAUGCGGAGGAGCCCUCAGGAGAUGAACUGGACUUUUUGACGGCGAGGGAUGUUGCUAUUGCGCGGUACAAGCGGAACCACGAUUAUAUUGCAGAGGUGUUUUCGCCUUACCCUACUUCCAGAAUAAUUCCACCCCGACCUGAGUAUGAGAAAUCAAUUGAGUUCUUGAAGGCACUGGGUGCAAAGCACGAGAUUGAUUUGGACGCUCUCACGGAGGAGCACGACGAGAAGAUCAAGAAGUUCAGGGCUGAGGCAGCGGUUUUCUAUAAGGGCUUGGAAGGAUUGAAACAGGCAACCACAGCUCAGGUAAAGUGCGAUUUUUAUUAUGCUUUCAGGGGAUACUUGGCAUCCCGCGGAAUAACAUAG